AUGGCCGGGAAAUCGAGAUUCACCAAGCUCGACGCUUUCACAAAAACUGUCGAAGAUGCGAGGAUCAGGACAACAUCCGGUGGCAUCGUCACCAUCGUCUCGCUGCUUGUGGUUCUGUUCCUCUCGUGGGGAGAAUGGAGAGAUUACAGGAAGGUGGUAAUACACCCCGAGUUGGUGGUUGAUAAGGGACGAGGCGAACGAAUGGAAAUCCAUCUCAACAUCACCUUCCCCAAAGUACCCUGCGAACUCUUGACCCUCGACGUAAUGGAUGUCUCCGGCGAACAACAACAUGGCGUACAGCACGGCGUCAAGAAGAUCAGACUCAGACCUCAAAGCGAAGGAGGAGGAGAGAUUGACGCCAAGGUUCUUGCUCUCCACGCAGCUGACGAAUCCGCCACCCACCUCGACCCCUCCUACUGUGGCCCCUGCUACGGCGCUCCAGCUCCCUACAACGCCAAAAAAGCCGGCUGCUGCUCGACCUGCGAAGAGAUCCGCGAAGCCUACGCGCAAGCCUCCUGGGCCUUCGGCGACGGCUCCACCAUGGAACAAUGUCAACGCGAGCACUACACGGAACGUCUCGCCGAGCAGCGGCAUGAGGGGUGUCGCAUCGAGGGCGGGCUGCGCGUCAAUAAAGUUAUCGGCAACUUCCACAUUGCUCCCGGGCGGUCCUUUAGCAACGGGAACAUGCACGUGCACGACCUCGCGCAGUGGUGGAAUUCGCCUUUACCUGAUGAUCUUGUUCGCAAGCUAGGCGGGGGGAAGGAUGGGAAGAGGAAUACCCUGUGGACGAACCACCAUUUGAAUCCAUUGGAUAAUACCAGGCAGGAGACGGAUGAUCCCAAUUAUAACUUUAUGUACUUUGUCAAGAUCGUGCCGACGAGUUAUCUGCCGCUGGGGUGGGAGAAGCAGGCGGCGCAGAAUAAGGCUAGCUGGGAUCAGGAUCAUAGUGUCGGGUUAGGUGUGUUCGGCCAGGGAAGCGAUGGAAGCAUGGAGACGCAUCAGUAUAGCGUUACGAGCCAUAAGAGAAGUCUGGCCGGAGGGGAUGAUGCCAAGGAGGGACAUGGUGAGAGACUCCAUAGUAGGGGUGGCAUUCCGGGGGUGUUCUUUUCUUAUGACAUCUCCCCCAUGAAAGUCGUCAACCGCGAAGAACGCGCCAAGUCCUUCAUCGGUUUCCUUGCCGGCCUUUGCGCCGUCGUGGGCGGUACCUUGACUGUUGCGGCGGCGGUGGAUAGGGGGCUUUUUGAGGGUACUGUGAGGUUGAAGAAGCUGAGGAGUAAGGAUAACUAG